AUGGUGGAACCCGAAGAAACAUCCGCCGCGCCCACGAAACCCGCGACUCCGAAUGGAAAUGCGGAACUGUCAGCCUUCCAACUCGACAUAACAAAACUCCACGCCCUACCUUCUGAACAGCAAGGCCUCUACCUCCUCACCUUUACCGCCGAUCUCGCUCGCCAUGUCGAAACGAUCAGCGCCGACGAUGUCACUGCCGAGCAGGUUGCGAUCAAGAAGGAGCUCAUGCAACUGGUCAACCUCACUUCUCCGGCCCCGACGAGAGUGAUUCGAAAGAACAUUGGACGAUGUUUUCACGCGAUUCUUACAAGAGGAAGCAGGAAAGUCUUGUACGAGUCGAUCAAUGACAUGGUCGCGAUUGUCAACAGUGGGAAGGACAAGGAAGUCAAGACAAAGCAUGCUGCGAUAUACUGCUUGGGAGUGAUAUUCGAAGCUGCAGGUGAUAGCGCGAUCAGCUUGUCACCACUGGCCUGCAACGCGAUUCUGAAAUUCGCAAAGUCAGCUGGAAGUGAUACUGGUCUGCGUAGUGCCAUCUACCGGGCGUUGGGGAGAAUUGCCAAAGGUAUAGCAGUCGCAAUAGACGAGGACUUGGGACGGUCAAUAUGGAAGAUGGCAAGGAAUACAGCAGGUGGAGAGAAAUCCCUGCUGGUUCAGGCGAGCGCUUGUUGGUGUUUGGAACAGUUGAUUCGGACGACUGCAUACUUUGACAACUCGAACGACUUUGAGAAGCUGCAGGCAGCGUUGUGGAAAGCCAUGGAGAGCUCAGCUGUGCCAGUUCGACACGCGGCUGCUUCUUGUCUGGCAGCGAUACUGGUCAAGAGCUAUUCCGAGGCUCCAAAUAAACAUGCUGUGCCCAAGGUCAAGAAGCCAAAGAAAUCAAAGAAAGCCACGCCAGGAGAGGACCUCGAGGACGAUGGCGAACGACCUUCAUCUCCAGUUCCAGAAAAACCGGCCACCGCACUGUCGCUUAGCUUGCUGGAGAUUCUCAAGCUUCUCUCGUCCCAUUUCUGCAAGCCCACCACGCCGAAUAAGGCACGUGCAGGCAUCGCUGUAUGCUAUGCAAAGCUAUUCAAGGCUUUGGGCGAGGGCGUCGUGGAGAAGCAGUAUAAUGAGAUCGCGAUGCAUCUUUUCCGGGAACUGCUGAAUUACCCUGGCUGGCAGUAUAACCAAUAUCGGCGAUUGCUGAGCAGAAAGUUCGUCCGGAUCAUCUUGGAAAGGGUCAUAGCUCCAAUGCUCGGAGAGACUGCGCAAUUGAAUGCCUGCCGAUUCCUGCUCAACGAUGUCAUCAAGGACUAUCCUCAGACUGUAAAGGAGCGUCCCGAGCCGUCAAAGGCCAUUCUCACUGGAGCUAUCAGCGCAAUGACAUCGCUCGUUGCGCGACUGGACGCUGCCACCGGCGUAAUAGCCGAAAAUUGUCGGGAAGGCCUUUUGCAGGUCUUACAGCAUCCAUCCUUCACAGUCCAGAUUCAAGCUUCUCGCGGUUUGCGCGCUUUCGUCCUGGCAUGUCCGCAGCAGUUGCUGCCGGCAGUCACGAUUUGCAUGAACAGCGUGAGCCGUGAGUUGGGCUUACUGGGAGGACAGGGGCAGAGCCCAAGACGCUGUGUCGCAUACGCGCAUGGCCUUGCUGCGAUACUGAGCACCUCGAGUAAGCAUCCGCUGUACGGAUCCGUCGAUGUGUAUGCGCGGGUCCUGCAGCAGGCUACCACGCUGCUCAAAUCCAGUGGAAGCUCUGAUCUCCGGAUCUCCAGCUGCCAGUUGCAGGUGGCCUGGAUCAUGAUCGGAGGGUUGAUGUCGUUAGGCCCCAACUUUGUCAAGAUUCAUCUAUCGCAGCUCAUGCUGCUGUGGAGGAACGCUCUGCCGAAGCCCAUGUCGCGAGAAAAUAUCAGUGGACGGAACAUGCUUGAGUUGAGCUACCUGGCUCACGUUCGAGAAUGCGCCUUGGGCUCCAUCAAGUCGUUUUUGUCUUACAACCAACGACUGCUGACGUCUGAUACUGCACGCCGGCUGUCAGGGAUGCUAGAGAACACGGUCGCAUUCCUGCAAAGCUUACCUAGCAGACGCACAAGCGACGAUCCUUCCAACCGAUUGUCUGCAGCCCUUCAGUUGCAGGACUACGAGGUCAUGGUCAGGCGGCGAGUGUUCGAAUGCUUCUCGCAGCUUCUCGUUCUAAGUCCAGCUGGCAGCAUUGAAGCGACAGCUCAUUCGACAAUUCUGCCACUUGCUGUGGCCUCCUUCUCAGACGCCGAGUAUGAUGCUCCAAAUUCAUUGAGUGCUGCCAUUGCAAGUGCUGCGGGCUCAUUCGAAAGCAUUUGGGACUUAGCAGAUAACUAUGGCUUUGGUGUGUCUGGGCGGAUAUGUGGGCUGGACCUUCGUAAUCCUGUGAAUGGUAAGAUUGAGCGGCACUGGACGAGUCGAACAGACGAAGAGGCCAGUAUCGACCAAUCCAUAUUGUCUCCCAUCGGGACAGCGGCUGAGAACGACCCUACUUGCUGCUAUCUGAACAUAGCACAGGACGAGGAUGACCUUCCAAGUCCGCCCGCCACCGGGGCUGUGGAUGCGGCCAUAGCUGCAUUCGGGCUAUGUCUGCCUCUCCAGGCUCCAAGAAUACAGGAAAGCAUGCUCGAGCAGAUCUCGGGUUCUAUGGGCGCGACCAGCUUACAGAAAGACCCUGCAAGGAAGGUUGCCAUCAACGCAAACGUAGUACUCGCUUUGUCGAUCGCCCUGAGAGUGACCACGGGAGACCUCGGUUCCGCGCGUGGCGAGUUGAAGAACAUGACCGCCGAGAAAGGACUGCAGGCUCUGCUGCAUGCGCUCAUCAAAGAUCCAGACGAUGCGACUCGUGCUCUAGCCGCGGCUGCCCUUGGUCGACUUUGCUCCAGUUCAGGAAUGUCCUUCACUGGCGCCGAGGUCACGUAUCUCACAGACACGAUCGUGAAGAAUCGGGAGCCACAUGUGCGCGCCGGUUGUGCUCUCGCAUUGGCCCACAUCCACUCUCAACUCGGUGGUAUGGCGGCUGGCCUCCACAUGAAGAACAUCGUGGGAAUAUUGAUGUCACUUGCGGCAGACACUCAUCCACUGGUGCACUUCUGGGCGCUAGACAGCUUGUCACAAAUCGCCGAGUCAGCUGGACUGAACUUCUCGGGAUAUGUGACUGGCACGAUUGGAAUGCUCAGUCAAUUCUACGUCUCUGAAACCCAUCACGAAGAGACGGUAGCGCAGGCCUCGUCAAACAUGUCAAUGGACCUGCAUGUGAACGCUGCCAUCGCCCGCGGAGUCGACGCCAUCAUCAAUGUACUUGGUCCGGAUCUUCAAGACAUGGCCAAGGCCAGGGACAUGAUCGUUACGCUAGUGCGUCUGUUCUCUGAGGAGGACGAUGUCGACAUUCUAUCAGAGAGUUUGAAAUGCUUGGAGCACCUAUCACUGUACGCGCCCGGUCACAUGGAGUUCACCCAGUAUGUUCGCCGACUGCAGAACGAUAUUAGUUCGCCCUCCCCUGAGAUUGCGAGCCUGGCGUCGCAUGGUCUAUUCACGCUCAUGCGACGAGAUGCCCCAGCCAUCGUCCGCACUGCGCAUCCUGGCCUCGAAGAUCGUCUCUGGGAGCUCCUCAACAAAGAGCCGAGUCAACCAUCGAUACAGAACAUUUUUGUGAACUGGCUGCAGCAGACCGGGUCAAGUAAUCCAGAUGAGUGGAUUCAAAGAUGCAACGACAUCUUGAUGAAGACCAUGGCCAAGAAUGAACAGCCUAAGACUGCACAAGUCAAAGACACCGCUGGGCCAGAUCUGCAAGACGAGGAGGCAGCCGGCUUUGCGGUCACUGCUGGCGCGAGUAAAGAAGAUGAGGCUCAGGCACCGUCAUCGACACAAGAACUCAUGCGCUGGCAGGUGCGUCUGUUCGCAAUGGAGUGUCUCCGGAACCUGAUUGCAAUGAUCAGGAAAGAGGCGACCGUGAGUGACAAUAGUCCAGGCGAAGCAGCACUCCAGCACAAGGUCGCUGAUGUGAUUCGUAUUGCCUUCUCUGCAUCUACUGCCGGCGUGGCCGCUCUGCGAGUAGUAGGCAUGCAAAUCAUCGAUCAGAUUCUGAAGAUGUUUGGCAGAACGCCUGAUCCUGAUUUCUCGGAAGCCAUGCUGCUCGAGCAAUACCAAGCGCAAAUUAGCUCGGCCUUGACCCCUGCUUUCGCUGCGGACUCAUCACCAGAACUCGCGGCGGCGGCUGUCGACGUAUGCGCCACGUUCACUGCUACAGGCAUCGUGACGGACAUUGAGCGAAUGGGCCGGAUUUUGAAGCUGCUGGUCUCUGCGCUUGACAGCUUCUCCCAAGAGACCGAAACCGCGAGCAUCGGAGAUCUCAAGUCACUGAGUUCCAAUGCACAAGUCAUGGUCCGCAUGGCGGUCUUCGCCGCUUGGGCUGAGCUUCAGAUCGCAAGUGCCGAGCAAAAGUAUCUCAUCGAUGUGGUCAAACCACACAUCGCUCAAUUGGUACCGCUCUGGAUCUCCUCGUUGCGAGAAUAUGCACGAUUGCGCUUCGAGCCAGACAUCUCAGCUACGACUGCUACGCCCGCAACCUCUGGCGACCUAGACAUGGUUUACGCUGCUCUCAACCGCGAGACUUUGUUGAAAUUCUACCAGGCUUCGUGGCUGAGUUUGGUGGAUGCUAUUGCCAGCUUGAUUGAUGAGGACAGUGAAUUCGUGUUCGCCGCCUUGGACGACAAACAAGCUGGGAAGGAGAACGGCGCUGAGAACGAUGGCGAGAAUACUAUUGUUCGCAAGACCGCCGGCAUCAACUACCGCGAAGAGCCGGUGGCCUUCUUUUUCGUCCUCUACGGCCUAGCGUUUGAGUCGCUGGCAGUGCGUAGCGGUGAUGAUGACGUUACAUCCCGGCAGCGGAACCUGGACAUUCUCGAAGCCGUGAAGAAGAUCUUGCGGCCAUCUGUGUCUGGCAAUGCCGUCUACCAGGAGGUCGUCUUCGCCGAGACAAUGGAUUUGCUUGACAGAAUGGUGCUGACCGAGAGCCUUGGAAUGCAGACGGUCAUCGUUGAGAUUGCACGUAACCUCUGCAUCGUUCAUCCGUCUGCAAGGCAAGGUCAGCAGACUCCGGUCAAUGGCGAGACACUGUCGGAUGACAUCGAGCAAUUGUUCGAAUUGACGCGCAUUAUCAUUCUGGUCAUCGCAGGCCUGAUUCCUGGACUCACCGAGACCCCGGUCGCGGCUCAACUGGAGUCUUCAGAAGAAGCCACAAGCCUUCUCAGAGGAUCAUUGCAGGCUCUCGUGGAUGUAGCAGAGGUCUUCCCCUCCAUCAUCAAGACCGACCUACACGCAUCGAUCUUUCACAUCUUCGUCACCAUUCUCGGAACCGCAACCUGCCAGACUGUGGUUGUGCCGCAGGCCCUGCCAAUCUUUCGCCGCUUCGUCGCCAGCAUUGCCGAGGACGACCGUCCUGAAACACGGCAGCAGGUUCAGAACGCACUCAAACGGAUGCUGGCCAUCCUGCGGAAUGCGCAGAAACGAGAGACUCAAGCAAGCCUGCCAUGUGAGAAGAACACGCUUUUGGCUAUCACAAUCCUUCUCUCUGCUGCACAGUCGUUCUUCAGCAGCGAUGACCCACUGCUAUUGAGAUUCCUGGGCGAACUACAAGAGUGUCUGGUCAGCUCUUCGACGUCCAAAGUCGCUGCAGGCUGCUACCGAACGCUCGUCAUGCAAGGAAUUUCUCCUCGGGUGACAUUUGAGCACGCUAUCAAGUUUCUAUUGAACGCACCCGACCUUGAGGGUAUGGACGAGACUAAAGCUGUGAUCGGCCAGACACUCACAGCAUACACAAUGAGACUGGAGCCAGACCAAAAGCCUGCCGCUGUUGUGCUGGUGGCCAAUGUGCUCUUGAACCGCGCAAGCAAGGACGGUUCAGCUUCGCAUCACAUUAUGGCCGCGCGGCUUUUGGAGCUCGCUGCUACCGACAGCGCCACCUUCCGCGCCCUUGUCGGUAGCAUGACUGGAGGUCGGAAGCAGUUGAUAGAGCAGAUCCUCAAGUCUCAGGCAGGCAAUCGCGGAGCCAGACCGGACUCCAGCGCUGACCGAGAGCCGACGAUUGCAUUGAAGAUGAAUUUUGGUGGUAGAAGUUAG